CGAACACCAAUUUUUGUAAAUUAUAGUUUUUUCUAUUUAUAAUAUAAAAAAAAUUAGGAGCUUCCUUGUGGUAAUAUAAAUAUAUAAUAUUGUCCUAUCAAUGUUUCAGAAGAAUUUAUAUUACACUUGGUUAGAGCCGACUCUUGCGAAUGAUUACUAAACUUCUAGGACGAACAGGACGAACCGGUUUUAGGUGACAGGCCAUAUUUGCAGAUAUAUGUUUCCUAGCCGCAGGGAUAUCACAAAUGACAUCCAUGCGGAUGGUUCUACCAUUUGGAUGAUUGGACACCUAACUGCUUUUUUUGUAGAGACGGACGCCGGACUCGGACUCUUUGAUGAAGCCGGACUUAACAUUGAUGAGAGAGUGUGUGUGACGUAUACAGUAUUAAUUAAGAAGCGCACUAACUUUUCAAUUAAUUUGGAGAGUAAAAUUUCAUUUAUUGUACAAUACCUUUCUUUUUUGAUUUUAUUGGAAUCAAACCAACUGGACCAAAUGAUAGUGCCCAAAUCAUCAUUAACAAUAGGUAAGAAAAUUAUUUUAUUUUAUUUUAUUUUUUAUGGUUCCUUACGCUAAAUUGAAGAGGAACCUAAAACUUCUUAAGGGAAAUAAAUUUUCUGAUUGUGACGAAUAAUUUAAUAGUUCGUCUUUGCUAUGUUAGCUAAAUUUUAUCUACCAAUGGGAUGCAAGCUUUGUGAUUUGUCAUCCGUGGUUAUAUUGUUAUGAAAUAAUAAGGAUCAAAGUAUUCAAAUCAUAAUACAAAAUUUUUUGCUAAUGUUAACUAGUUAAACAAACAAUUGACUGUAAAAGAAAAAAAGAAAAAAAAAGAUGAACUGACAAAAUAAAGAAAAUAAAA